CUCACCUUUGCAAGCCUGUGUCCAGCGCCCGACACUUUACGAUUACAUUUUCGGCCCCGAUUUUGAUGUUGUAUCAAUUCCAUCACCAACGUUAGAGUCGGCCUGGUCAGCCCUUCGCUCUCCUCAACGAGGCAAUGGCUCCCUCCAGGCCAACCCCAUCUGGCCUAGGCGCCAGUCCGAAACCAUCGUCAGGGCGGCCUGUAUUCUUCGGCAGUAGGGCCGGGCACUCUGGAAAGGUUGAGAAGAAGACAGAUCCUGCAAGGGAAGGCACCAGGCGGCGCAAAAAAGAGAAGAACCUGGUCCCCACAGGGACGGAGCUCGAGCAGAUUGACCAAGCGGCCCACACCAGACCAGACCACGAAUCCUUGAUGACGCAAUGUUCUCCCAAGCCCAAGGGAAGAACCCACGACAGUUCAGCACACCCAGGCUCAGGCCUGGCCUCAAAUGAUGGCGCCCUCGGAGUUGAUAAAGAUGCCGAGGGCGAACGGUCUGCGGCACGCCCUGCGGUACGCCCCAAUAGCCUACAAGGAGGACAGGAGCUCAAGAGCAUUGCGGAUUUGCUUCUGGUUUUAGAUGGGCAACAGAACUUUACAAUUCCUCGCAACAAAAUUAUCGCCAGCAAGGAGGUGGACACUUUAGUUUACCAGCAGAUGAGACGUCACGCACCGGGUGAGCAGCUGACACCAGACUGUGUGCGUAACAAUCUGAUCGACAGCCUAGAGGAUCUUGAGCUGCGAUGGAAUCUGCGAAGCAAGAGAUCACGUUCUUUCUUUUGGAAUCGGGUGUGCAAGCGAGAGCACACAUGGAUGAAGCAACUCGACGGUGCUGCGUGUCGAGAUUUCUUUCUCUGGCUGGUGGUAUACUUCAGACACGGGCCCGCCAGGGGCAAGAAGAAAACGACAGACGCGCUAGUUAAAGCCUUGGACAGGCUGAGCACGCUGCUUGACAAGGAAGAGGACUGUGAGCUGGACGGGCUCGUUGGAAUCGAGGCCAGAGUGCGGCAGCCGGCCGAGCAGCCCGCAGGCCAUGAUGAGCGGGCUGAUGUCUCCGUGAAGCACGACAGCGUGUCCAGGCGCGUGGCCGGCAACAUCUUCCGCAAUUCGGGAAACACCAACAUGAGCGACAAUGAGCUCGGUGGCAUUGACAUCGAGCGGCUCAUGCCGAUUGUGGACGUGGGUGGCAGCCGGCAGAAGAGGCAGGACCGUGAAAGGGCAUUUGAUGAGGAGCUGGAAGCCGAUCGAGUUAGGAUUGAAGAGGAGCGGGCCGCAGCGACAGAACUAGGCGUGGCGGAAGGACGCCAGCCGACGACAUGAGGCAGGAAGUGCUGGGCCCCGACAAGCCCCGGUGGAGUCGGCGAGGAAGCCGUCCAAGUCCAAGGAGGACAUUUCGUCAAGUCGAUGGUGACGAGGAUGACGCCAACAACAGCAAGAAGGAAAGACUUGAGAUUGUUGCUACGAGCAUCUGAUCUGGCCGGCCACCCAGCCUGUGCCGUAUGUACUCAACACGGGAUCAGCCUGUUUUAUUGUCGGUAUGACCAGGGCUGCCCGACUGUUCGCCGGGC